AUGCCAACUCGGUUCAAUUUUAAAUUGAAAGCAAAGUGCGUCAAAUUCACCGUCGCGCACGCUCAAUUCAUAGCCGAGAAAAUGGAACUGAACGCCUCAAUGAAAACAAAAAUAGCAUCACUUUCACUCUCAAGCCUUCGAGUCAUCGACUUGGAAAAUAAGUCGGAGUGCGCCGUCUCAGGAGAUGGACAAAAGUGUUUUGAGGCGUCUGUUGACUAUACUAAUAAACUUGCGUUUGCAUUACGAUUUUACUCGCCGACCAUCGUCUUAAUUCCGAAAUUUAUCAAUCAUACAUUGGAAGCAAUUACACCUGCGAUUAACGGGUUUCUCAAAUUAAAUUCCACUGAUGAACAAAACAAACAAAAACAGAAAUUGAACGACUUGAAAACGCCGAAAAAGAGAGAUACAAUAACUAAACUGCCAUCAGUCCCAACUAAAGGUACUCGAGAGAAGCAAACAAAAAAGAUUGAUACCAUUGCAAAGUGUGAAAAAUCUUUAAAUAAACACGAAGAAGUGGAAACUAUAAUUAAAGAAUCAAAAAAUUCGACGAAUAUUGAGGUGAACUUGAUUUGCACCAACUUUAACAUCUUUUUUAAGAAUUAUGAUGGAAACGAAUUAAUUGUAUACUCGUCAUUUGAGUCAAAUUUGUCAAUUAAAGAUGGAGAAAUGGAGUCUUUCAACUUCUUCACAAACGAUUGCGGCCUCAUAGGAACAACUCCACAACGAAAAGAGUCUGUGGACAUCGCCAAAAUCAAGGAAGUCACAUUGGCAAUAACCACUAUUGGACAACCCGAUGUGAGAGUCAACAUAUCACAGAUAUUUGUGAGGUUUUCUAAUAGAGAUUUGGACAACACUCUCAAACUAUUGAAGGACUUUGACCAGAGUCUCCGGUCACUCACACUUCUAUCAAACGAUUCAGCUGUUACACAAAAAAAGGAAAUUGACACGACACAAGGGUUGGUAUUGGAAGAGACGUAUGUGAAUACAAAAGUUGUCACUCAAGACGAGUUUAAAAUGCCUAAACUGAACUUUUCAUUGAGUGUUGGGAAGGUUAAUAUCGACUUGAUCAGCGAGUUUGUAUCUGAACAAGGGAAGACUAUCGACUCAUUUCCUGCUCUUGUUUUCACGACAAAAAACACGGUCAUAUUUUUAAAGAAUCAAAGACUUGACUUGAAAAUCACAGAGACGGGAAUUGAAUAUACCAAAGUGACGAAGUCCGGAUAUACUAAAGAGCCGCUUGUUGAACUAUUUGACAUCUCGAGUGAAUGUGAAAUACCCCACUUCAACAUCUUCAUAAGUCCAGCAGACUUUUUGCUUGUGGACAUAACGCCAGAAUUUGUUGGAUCAAUGAACUCCCUUUUUGAGAAUUGGGCAAAGGCAAUCAACGCGGAGUUUUACAAGUCGCGUGGAUUGUGUAAAGUUACCAAUUUGACUGGAGUCCAAAUGGAUUUUUACACAAAGGGGAUGAAGUUCGCAAUACAGAACGAUGCAACUGUUGAAGUCCCUAUUAUCACAGACAAUGAGGCGGUUGUUAAAAUAGAAGAUAACGACGACAUCUACAUCACUUCGGGAUUUAAUAGAAGAAAGAGUGUCGAAGCGUUGAGUGAGA